ACAGCCUUUGAUGAGUUGGAAAGAGGAAGUGGAUAAGAAAGUGUGUGAGUUUCCAACAGAUUGUGUGGGAAAAUGUAUUGGAUAGGGAAAUAGAUUUGGAGGAGAUUGCAUUGUGUGUUAGAAAGUUGAAGAAUAACAAGACUGGUGGUAGUGAUGGGCUUGGGGGGAGCUUCUAAAGCAUGGUGGGUCAGGGAUGGUAUUUGAUAUUUGGCGUGAGGAGUUUUGUGCCACCACAGUGGAGGGAGGGCCUCAUAGUUAACUGUUUAAGAAGGGAGAUAAGGAGGAUCCUGGGAAUUAUAGGGCAUCACUCUGCUGAG